AUGCUACGAACUUGGGUGCGAUCGUCUCCGUACCAUGCGCGCGCUUGGCUGAACUUGGCGGCGCGAGCAGGCCUGCCUCGUGCCUACGCCACCAAACCACCCAAAGGCGACGAUGAAACUCCUCCAACGUCGUUUGGCCCACCAGAACCGUCAUCAUACAUGUCGUCCGUAUCAGAAGCUGCCACAGAAGCCAAUACCAAGCCAUUGCCGUUCCUGUCACAACCGCUCGGUAUCACCAAACGACCUACAUCGGAGAAGCCGUCAUGGACGGAAAGGCAUGCCGAAUGGUUUGAUCGCGACGUGCGACUUGAAAAGCGGCGCUUGAUCAUCAAAGACGCUACGCGUGGCUACUUCCACGACUUUCACGAGAUUCGCUCACAUGGCGGCAAGACCUGGCGGAGUCCACAGACCAUGAUUCGCGCGGACAAAGCACGCUAUUUUCCUGAUAUCCAAGGCACCUGCCUAGCCGACAAAUCGAAAAAGCACACGGCUGACAUGCUGUUCGGACACGUGUCCAUUGUAGCCAUCGUCACAUCCAGAGUAUCGGAGGAGCACACUCGAAGCUUUUACGAGGCCGCGCUCGAGCGUUUCCGAUCACACCCCCAUUUUCAGCUCGUGCAAAUCAACCUACAAGAAAAUACGCUCAAGGCAUACCUCCUGUCUCUGUUUUUAUCAUCUCUCCGCGCACAAGUCCCUACAGACCUCCAGUCGACGUACCUCUUGAGCCAGCAGAAUAUGGACAUGGUACGUGAACCUAUGGGACUCCACAACAAGCACGUCGGAUACACAUACCUCGUCGGACCUGACGGAAAAAUCCGCUGGGCUGGCAGUGCCUUUGCCGAAGCCGACGAGGCUCGUACCCUUGUGGCCUGCACAGGCGUGUUGCUUGACCGCAUGCCAGGUGGCCGUAAGGCAUCAUAG